CAUGGUGUUGAAACAAGUGAUUUACUAGCAUGUGAUAAAAAGAGAUACAAUGGUCAUGUGGAAAAUGGAAUUCUCAAAUGUGCUUAUCUAGGACAUAAUAAAUAACUACAGGUAUAAAAAUGGACGAUGCUGACAAUGAUCAAUUCUUUUGCGAUGUAUGCAAUAUCAACCUUUACAAUGAAGCUUCAAUUCAGCAGCAUAUUUCUGGACGGAAACAUUUGGAUUUGGUCAGAGCCAAAGAAGAGAGAUUACGGGUUGAAAGUAAAUGUGGUAUUUACGUGAGAGGUUUCCCCCCAAACUUGGGAUCGAAAGCGCUGAUCGAGUACUUUGCCAAAUUUGGUACGGUAGUUUGGUCACAUUAUGGUGAUUCGUUUCUCUUACUGGACUAUUCACAUCCAGCGGCUGCUCGAGAUGCCAUGAAACGAAAACACUACCUCCAUGGAAGAAGUGUCAUUGUGAAAUACAGAGAACUGAAACCGUCGAGGGAUGCUUUCAAGGAACAGGUAGAACUCAUCUCUGAUAACCUAUUAGAUCAAAUUAAAAACAUGUCAGAUCUAGAACACCAAUUCUCCACGUUGGCAUAUAUUUUGCAAGGUGAGGGUAUGGAAUUCCUUGUGUAUGAUAAAAUCUGUCAGGAUUUAUACGGGACUUUGAUUCAUAGUUUUCCACGUUGCCAGAUUUUUCCAUUUGGUUCCACAGUAACUGGUCUGGGAUUCAAAAGCAGCGACAUAGAUGUUUACAUAGCUGGUAUCAGGCAUGGAGACAAUAACGUACCACUUUUAUAUAAAAUCAGGACAAUUUUGAGACAUUCUCAGUUAUUCACGAAUGCUAUAGUCAUUGCCAAUGCUAAGAUACCGAUCUUGAAGUGUGUGCAUAUACAAUCUGGCAUGAAUUGUGAUAUAAACAUAAGAAAUAUGUUGGGUGUAUGUAACAGCAAUUUGAUUAACUAUUACUUGAACCUGGACAUGAAAAUAAGAAGGAUAAUGCUUUUUAUAAAAUAUUGGGCCAAAACUCACAAACUGACUGGACAAAAUCACCUGUUUACCAACUACUCUUUGAGUCUCAUGCUGAUAUUUUUUCUACAAUUGGCUCCAUAUAAUGUUCCAUCUGUAUUUUCACUUCAAGAUUUCAGGUCUAAGAAUAUGCAAGAUGGUUGGAAUGGAGGAUUUUCUAAAAAAAAUUUCUAUAAUAAACACUUGAAAGGUGUGUCUUUAGUAGGACUUCUCUCGGAGUUUUUCAAAUUCUAUUCGGAAUUUGAUUACGGUGUGUACGUGAUUGUUCCUUAUUUGGGGGUGCCUAUAAAAAAAAGCGAUUUCAAGGACCCCAAAUUGCUUUACGACAGCGUUUUCUUCAUCUACAAAAGAUAUAUCGAAAUUGAAGGUAAUUUGCCUUUGAAAGUAGAUGCUUCUAUUUGCGUUCAAGAUCCCUUCGAGCACUCACGUAAUACGACCCCAAUUGUUUCCGAUUCCACAUUGAACAUUUUCGUGAACUUGUGUUGCCUUGGAAGGAAAUUGUGCGAAGAGGGAGAAACUGGUCUGUUAUAUAGGCUAGUGAACGAAACACCGCCGAAUGUCAUGAUGGAAUUGUUGACGAACUCAAAUUUCGUUCAGUUCUCCAUACCAAUGAGUUUGAAUACAAAAUACUUGAAGAAGAAACUCGAGGAGAAAGUAUCGAACGAUACCAUCGAAAAGAUGUGGUUCAAAUCUGUCAAUGAGUUUUUGCUGAUCGUUUUGAAGGAUUUCUUGAAUAUUGAGGUUAGAGACAUUACUGAAGAAUCGACGAAUAGCAAAGCGAAGAAAGCGGAAGGGCAAAACGAUGUCCACGACAAAGAGGAGUCCCUCUACUCCUAUAGAUGUGCUGCCAAAUUGAAUUUUUGGCAGAAUAGGAAAGCCAUUUUGAAGAAUAUCAAUAAAGCCGAGGCAUCGAGUGUAGUUGAAAGAGAAGUGGAAGUCACUAAGCAGUUGAUGGCAUUGUACAAGGAUAUCAAUUUAAGGGAUAACAUAGUUGAGUUUGAGAUUUCUCUUGUUUCCAAAUACGAUCCUCCACAAAUGUUGAUCAGUGUGACAAAAAUAACAUCUUAUAAAAAGACUUUCAAGGUUUUUAGCCACUGUUUAGCUUCGAAUUUCACUUCGUGGUUCGAAACUUACGAGAAAGAGUUGAAUAGCUGAAAAUAAGACAAUCAAAUGAGAUUUGUCCAGAGAUUUUGAGAGAUUUUUAUGUAUAUAGGUUGCCUCACUGUCAAAUGUUCGUUGUUUUUGAAGGUACCUAUAUACAUAUGCUGUAUAUGGAAUUUUAAUUGCUCUAUAUUUUGUUGGAAUUUCAGUUUUUCUGUAGAUUUUUAUACCAUUUAUAUACCCAGUGUGGAAUGGCAUUCUAUUUCCUUCAAAAUGUGGGAUAUCAGUAAUACCUCCAGGUCUC